GACUAACCUCACGUGAUAGUCAAAUGUUUCAUAUCACAAUUAUGGGGACAAUAAAGGCCACCAUACGACAUGUGAAGUUAAUAGCAAAGGAGAACGCUUACAACACUGACGGAAUACAUAUCCAAUCUUCUUCUCAAGUUACCAUCACUGAUUCAGAUAUGGAAACCGGCGACGACUGCAUCUCUAUUGGCCCCGAUGUCAAGACCGUGCGGAUUGAAAACAUCGAUUGCGGUCCCGGCCAUGGAAUAAGCAUUGGGAGUCUAGGAGGGGAGGGGACAACCACUUCCGAAGUUGAAGAGAUAGAGAUACGAAAUGUUCGGUUGACGGAAACCCUAAACGGCGUGAGAAUCAAGACAUGGGCAAGGGCUGCGAGCAGCGGGUUUGUGAAAAACGUCUGGGUCCAGGACGUGACGAUGGACAAUGUUUGGAACCCCAUUCUCAUUGACCAGCGCUACUGUUCAAAACCUGAUCGGCAGCUCUGUUUCCCCGGGGAAGAGUCCGGCAUCAUGAUCAGCAAUGUGACGUUUGUAGACAUUAAAGGGACGUCGGAGACGGCGGUUGGCGUCAAAUUGGAUUGCAGCCGCGCCCAGCCGUGUCAAGACAUAGCUUUAAACCCGGCCGAUGUGAGCCUCACUUAUAACGGCGCUCCAGCUAAAGCUUCCUGUGCUAACGUCCAAUGUCCCAUCGGCUUCCCCCGCUUUUAAUAUAAAAAAAAAUGACACUCUAUCCUUGAAGUUCCCGG